AUGACCCCCAUCGUUGAUGAGCCUGAAUCAGUUGAAAUAGGAUCCACAAACCCCAAAGAUCGCCUUGAACAGUUGCUAGGGCAUCCGAAGUUCGCGCCUGCCUUUGAUGCCUUCCGCCAUCUUCUAGCCCUCUACUGCGGAGAUUUCUGGUAUGCCGUAUUUGGCGGAAACGAGGGAGAUAUGUAUAGGCUCGACGCAGCCUCGGUACGUGCCCUAGAACUCAAGGCGCCCGGCGCUUGCGACGGGGAAGCCCGAGGUCUUUACGGUCGCGUCUGUGCGGGAGAGAUUCUCAGCGCGUUUAGUGGCGAACAGCGGCAAGCCAUCUGGUCUAGGAUUCGCGCUGCCACAGUUGACUGCCUAGUCCCGUCACUUUCGGGAUUUUUCAACAAUCUCAAGCACCUCAAGCUUGUAGCAGACAGUGUCAAGUGGCUGGUGCGUCUCGAGAGGAGGGAAACCAUACAGUCUGCCCUGGAGGACUCAUUCUCAGAUGCGGAUCACGGCAACAACCUGUGCUUGGUUCAGAUGUCUAGCUCGUCGUUCAGAUCUGUCUCUGGAAGCGAUAUCGAUUGGGUCGACGUCGUGUAUAAAGCUCUAUGGCUCUAUGCGCUGCGCGAGUACCUGGAAAUACCGGCUGAGCCCAAGAAAAAGCUCGCAGGCCCCAGGAGUGGCCAGGUUAACGAAAAGGUGUUGUUUGAAUUUGCUUCUCUAGCCUAUAAGCUAGGAUUUAGAUCGGAGCGGAUCCAGGACCUACUACAGCGAGACCCAGACCGAGAAAUUGCCCGUCGACUGCUCCUGACGGCUCGAAAAUCUGAUCGUUUCAGGUAUCAUAAUCUUGAGAGAUGCGUAACAGGAGUAACGGAGUGGAUAAAAUCGGCCCAAGCUAUACGCGAUGGUGACGAUACGGAUGAGGGCGAGGAUCAAGUUCGAUUGCCCAAUCGAAGCGGCAUACCCAAUCUACCAGAUCAAGCGCGGGACAAGUCUUAUCUUUUCCUCGACAAGCUACACGCGGACGUAGUAUGCGGACCAACUUUGACAUCCCUAUUUAUUCAAAGAUCGAUGUACUUUGCAUUCUUUGGGAAGCAGAUCUCUGUCGAUGCUGUCGACGUCAAUAGUAUAUAUAAAGAACAGGCGACCACGGACCAGCCAAGGCCCGGUCCCGAGCAGUCAGCAGGUGGCCAUCCGAGACCAGAGCUUAUGAUAGUGGAUGAAGCCCAUCAGCAAGACCGCCUGGAGAACCUAAGACGAACGGCGGACAAGCAGGAAGCCAGGCUGGAGCAGCUCACACAAAGGGAAAGGGACCAACAGGAAAACAUAGCGCAGCUCCAAAACGCUGUAUCUAAACAAGAGGAAAGGCUCAUAGCUUCUAGCCGGGACGUUGAGGUGUUGCAAGAGAAGUUAGAUAGUAUAAGAAGAGCGGAGGCUGAGCAAGUGAUCAGGCUAGAGAGCCUGGAAGCCGACGAAGAGAAGCGACGAACUAUUAUAGGUACUCUUGAGCAGACCCAGCACAAACUCGGCGAAGAAAUACAACUCGAUCUUCUCGCGGCUGGCCAGCGAGAGCAGGCGCUCAGGGACGACGAGACCCAAACAGCCAGGCUUAAACAACUUUCGGAAGAGGAGCAGGAGAACCAAAGAAAUCUAGAUUAA